UGUACUGGUGAGCGGACGUGUACAGUGACCUCAGCAGUUUGUGCGUAUCAGCUGACACACAUUCACAGACGGGAAAACAUGGAACGCGGUUUUUCUCUUGCUGGGCCUUCUUCUAAUCCUCGUAAACGUCAGGUGCGAUUUUCAGCACGUCAUGACAUCCUGCUCCUCCGUGAGGUGAUAGCACAGAACCCCUUCACUUCUAAAGAGUCAGGCCGGAUCUGGGCAAGGGUGGGUGAAAUUAUUACUGCGACCUUACAGGAUGAGAACUUUGAGGUGGAUGGACGCAGAUGCAGGGAGAGAACCAUGCUACUGCUGGAUUAUUAUAAAAAACAGGACUUUGCAAGUCUACGCAGGUUUGGUACGGAACGCCUGUAUGCACAGAAAGAAGACCUUUUACAUGAAGUUCUGGAGUUGGAGGCAGAGAAGAAUCUCCUUUCGAGUGGGGAAAGUAAAUACCAAGAUGAUGAACUCAGGAAGAGAACACUGGAGGAAUUAUCAUCGCCUGAGCCUGACAAAUCCACUGUGCUAUCAGUAACAACAGCUCCCACCACUGUGGUAGCCAGCCCAGAACCUGAGGAGCAGGAGGAGGCUGAGCUCACAGCUCCCACAGCCAAACGGCCAUGUCAGUGCUGCUGCCAGACUUACUCAGAGAUCCUGAGCUUCCUAGAAAAGCGAUUUGAAGCAGAGCAGAGUCUGCGAGAGGAGGAGAUGGCACUGAGAAGAGAAGAGCUAGAAGUCCAGAGGAGUAAGAUUGCCCUGGAUCGGGAGCGUAUCGGAGCAGAAAGAAAAGAACGGGAACGUCGGUUUGAGCUGGAGAGUCAGGAAAGGCAGGUUAUACUGGAUUUGUUAAAAGAGAAGGUCCUAAAAAAUGAACGGAACUCUGACUGAAAUUAGAAAUGUUUAGUUUCAGUCUUUGAUGUUGAACUGUCAUUCCAGCCAAUGUUAUAUUCUGCUUUCCCUGUUUGAAUUUUUAAUAUAAGCCCAUAAUAUUAUAGUUGAUUGUCAUAACAUUGAAUAAAAUAGCUAAAUGCCUGGUGAUAGGUUUGCAUUCAGUAGUUCACCUGAUAAAAUACUGAAUUUUAGUAACUAAAAUAAUAGAUUUGAUGCAGUAUAGGUAUCCUGAGAUAAUUGAAUGUUCGAGAACAAUGGCCUUUUUCUGAUUUUGGAAACCAGUAGCACUAUUGUGCCUUAAAGAGCUGUACUAGGAGUUACAUAAACAGCCAUUAUUUCUUCUUUAGCAGGACAGGUAUGUUUAAAAUUAAGCUUGAAAAUGAAUGAAAGCCAUUCACACUAAUAUUCUGGAUAAACCCACACAGACUGCAUUGAACUGAAAGCUGUGUGUAAUGAAAGCUGUUAUAACUGUGAUACAAAAAAUAAUUAAUGAACAAUAAUUAAAUAAAUGAUAGUAAAUAAAUAAAAAAUAGCAAUACAUGAAAAUAACAAAGUUGACAGUUUGUCUAACCCUUGCAUGCUCUUUAAAACUUUUUCCUCCUUUCUCCACCUUCAUCAGCUUUAACAGCUGACAAUUUUGCCACAUUCUUCAUUUAUAAAACCAUGAGUGCACUUCUCUUCUCUGUUUGCAUGGCAUCUCUACUGUAGGUUCUGUCAUUCAGAAACAUGGCUUUUCAUAUCACUGCUAUGCUGAUGACACUCACCUCUACCUCUCAUUCCAUCCUGAUUAUCCGACAAUAGCUGCUCGCAUCUCAGCUUGUCAUCACCUUCAACUCAACCUUGCCAACACAGAACUGCUUGUAGUUCCAUCAAAACCCUUGUUUCAUCACAAUUUCACCAUCCAGUGAUGCACAUCAAUCAUAACUCCUUCAAAAAACAGCCAGAAACAGAGUUAUGAUUGAUGAUGAGCUGACUUUCUCAGAUCACAUUGCUAAAACUUCCCGGCCCUUCAGAUUUGCUUUAUUCAACAUCACGAAGAUCAGGUCCUUUCUUUCGGCACAUAAUUCACAACUUUUUGUUCAAGCUCUUGUUCUAUCCAAGCUGGAUUAUUGCAGUGCUUUCUUGGCAGGUCUUCCAGCCAGUUCUCUCAAACCUUUACAAUGAAUCCAGAAUGUGGAGGCAAGAUACAUUUUUAAUGAACCGAAAAUAAUGCACGUCACACGUCUGUUGGCUACCAAUAGCUGCUUGCAUAAAAUUCAAAGCAUUAAUGAUUGCCUACAAAACCACCACUGACUUUUCACCCCUUUACCAUCAGUUUAAUUUUUUCCCAAAUUCCAUUUUAGUUUUUUCC